CCAGCUGGUUACUUAUUAUAAGUACUUGUGAGCCCUGUGAUUGAGAAUAUGUUCUUCACGAUCGGCAUUCUAAUCAAGCUCGCCAAAACAACAUGGCUUCUUCCAGUGUUGUUUUUCAAGGAUUCACAGUUUUGCCAUUGAAAAUAGAGGAAAAGAGUACAUGUCAUCAUUACUUGUAUGUGAAAGAACACAACAUAAGAGAUGCAAGGGAUUGCAAACCUAAAGAAAGAACACUUUUUGUUCUAAAUGUUCCACCAUAUUGUGAGGAGGGGCACUUUAGAGAAAUGUUUGAAAGAUAUGGCACAAUACAGAGGAUCUUCUUUCACAGUAAACCAACAUCUGGGCCACCUACCGUCAACUCAUCAACGUUCUUCCCCACAGCACCAGUCAUACAAGGCUAUAUGGUGGCAUAUAUUGUUUUCAAGAAAGUGUCUUCUGUGAAGGCAAUAACUUCAUUACCAUAUGAUAAACCUUUGGUCAUGCAUAAAGAGGGUGGCCAAAGUAUUGAUACAGGACUAAAUAAAUGGAUCAGGGAAUAUAAAGAAGAUGUGGUAGAUACUGCUGCAUUACAAACAGAAAUAGAUAAAUAUAUGACAGAGUAUGAUGAAAAAAUACAAACG